CUUUGGCUCUUCCUUCCCGCGGACCAUUUCCAUGAUCUGAGUUCUUUCUCUCCUUUUCCCUUUUUCCUCCGAGGCGCAGACAAUAACUGCCAUUGGAGUCUGUGUCUCUGUCCACGAACUUUCUUCAGAGGACAAAAUUUUAACUUCAAAUUCAAUCAUCAAACCAUUCCCUCGCAUAUUCACUCUUUCCUUCAUCAUCCUCUGUAAAUGAAAUUGAAAGUUUGGCUUUUUGAAUCGAGCGGGAGUAACUAUUCAAACUCAUGAGUAUCAAGGGAAAUAAAUUUGUAAGGUUUGAAGACUGGAAUUCAGAGAUAUCCUAUAGUUCGGAGCGGCAAUACUCCGUUGAUGAUGGAUUUUAUGCAAGAAGAGUCAGACCAACUAUAAUCGUGGUUUGGGAUAGCAUCCUCCGGCACUGGGAGACACGUUCUGACAAGUUCAGAAACCUGAGAAAACCAUCAAGCUUCCACUCUGGGGGUGCUCAGACAGCAAAAGAAUCAGGCACAAGAAAGAAAAUUCUUGAUCCCCAGGGCGCUUUUCUCCAGAAAUGGAACAAAAUAUUUGUGCUAGCCUGCGUGGUUGCUGUGUCCAUAGACCCCUUGUUCUUUUACAUUCCGGUGAUUGAUGGCAGCAACAAAUGCCUUGAUUUGGACAAAAAAAUGGAAACUACUGUUUGUGUUCUUCGAACCCUCAUCGAUGUUUUUUAUAUACUUCGCAUAAUUUUUCAAUUUCGUACGGGGUUUAUUGCCCCUUCCUCCCGUGUAUUUGGAAGAGGCGAGCUGGUUGAGGAUCCUAGCAUUGUCGCUAGAAGAUACAUGACCUCCAACUUCAUCAUUGAUGUCCUAUCAAUUCUUCCACUCCCUCAGUUGAUAGUUUUAAUCAUCAUUCCUAGCUUGAAAGGUCCCGUUUCAUUGAUUGCCAAGGACUUGCUGAAGUUUACUGUUUUAUCCCAAUAUGUUCCAAGAUCUCUCAGAAUCUAUCCUCUGUUCCAAGAAGUAACUAGUAGUUCUGGAAUACUUACUGAAACGGCAUGGGCUGGAGCUGUUUUCAAUCUCAUCCUCUAUAUGCUAGCCAGUCAUAUAAUUGGAGCCUAUUGGUACUUGAUGUCGAUAGAAGGCGAACAUAGGUGCUGGCGUAGAUUCUGUAAGGCUCCUCCGUGUAUUUCUAAAAACUUGUACUGUGGAGAACACGAAAACAGUUCGGCAAACUUGAGUACAUUUCUGAAAGAAUCUUGCCCUUAUAUCAAGCCCGAUGAAAUUAAAAAUUCAACUGUCUUCAACUUCGGAAUAUUCAUUGAUGCUCUAGAAUCUGGUAUAGUGGAAUCAUGGGAUUUUCCAAGGAAGUUCUUCUACUGCUUUUGGUGGGGUCUGCGUAAUCUGAGCGCUCUGGGCCAGAACCUCAAGACAAGCACUUAUGUUGGGGAGAUUCUCUUUGCAGUUUUCAUAUGCAUUGCUGGAUUGGUUUUAUUUUCGCUGCUUAUCGGCAAUAUGCAGAAAUAUCUGCAAUCCACAACUGUUAGAAUAGAGGAAAUGAGAGUGAAAAGGAGAGAUGCACAGCUGUGGAUGGCCCAUCGUAUGCUUCCUGAAAACCUUAGAGAUGGGAUAAGGAGGUAUGAGCAAUACAAAUGGCAGGAAACCAGAGGUGUGGAGGAGCGGACUUUAAUCCGUACUCUACCAAAAGAUCUCAGAAGGGAGAUAAAUCGUCAUCUUUGCUUCGAUCUAAUCAUGAGAGUGCCAAUGUUUGGAAAAAUGGAUGAGCAAAUACUGGAUGCAAUAUGCGACCGUCUCAAGCCAGCCCUUUACAUAAAGGAUAGUUACGUUGUUCGCGAGGGGGAUCCAGUUGAUGAGAUGCUGUUUAUCAUGCGAGGUGAUCUAGUGAGUGCGACAACGAAUGGUGGGCGAACUGGCUUUUUCAAUGCUGUUUAUCUCAAGGGUGGAGACUUCUGUGGAGAAGCUCUUCUUACAUGGGCCUUGGAUCCCCAUCCUUCUUCCCAUCUCCCUAUCUCAACUAGAACUGUACGAGCUUUAACGGAGGUUGAAGCCUUUGCUUUGGUGGCUGAAGACCUGAAAUCUGUUGCGUCUCAGUUUCGCCGUCUUCACCACAAGGAUAUCCAGCACACAUUCAGGUUCUUCUCGGUGCAGUGGAAGACAUGGGCAGCAUGCUUCAUUCAAGCAGCCUGGCGUCGUUACUGUCGGAGGAAGCAAGCAAAUAGUCUACGCCAAGCGGAAGACAGAUUGCAAGACGCUUUGGCAAAUGAGGCUGCAACUACUCCUAGCCUCGGUGCAGCAAUCUACGCAUCACAAUUUGCUGCCAAUGCAUUAAGAAAUCUCAGGCAAAAUGGGGGACGCAACUCUAGACUGCCACACAGAUUGGCACUGGUGCCUCAGAAGCCAGCUGAGCCUGAUUUUUCUGCUCACCAUCGCUAGAGACCUUGAAUACUCCAAGUGAAUUUAUCCUUUAGUUUUUGCUCAUAUUUUGCAAGUUCAAAUGCAGUUGUACAUUAAGCGUAAUAAUAUCGUGGUUGUAAGUUUGAAGUCGAUGUAUGUACAUCUUAAUUCUACAAGCUUGAUUACAUAUUUUGUUGGGA